UCCAGCAUCCAGAUCUCAGUCCUGGGCUGGCGUCGUAGGGUAUAUGACUUGAUGGCGCCUUUCAAAGCUUGCGUCUCCUCGUGUGCACCUGCCAAGCUCAGGAGCCUCGCGGGAGGACCCGGGUCGUGGGGUGGGGCUUGCAGCGGGAGAGGAGCCCGGUCGCCCGGCCCCGCCCCGCCCUGCCAGUUCCCGGAAGCGACCGAGGAGAAGCGCUCCCGGGCGCAGGCGGGGGUCGUGUGCCUGGCGGAGGCCGCGGCACCCCCAGCGCCCGCCCGGGCAGCCGGCGCGGCCAUGGCGGGGAGCCUUGGGAGCUGGCUGGGCGGCUGCCUGCUGGUGUCAGCAUUGGGAAUGGUGCCACCUCCCGAAAAUGUCAGAAUGAAUUCUGUUAAUUUCAAGAACAUUCUUCAGUGGGAGUCACCUGCUUUUACCAAAGGGAACCUGACUUUCACAGCUCAGUUCCAAAGUUACAGGACGUUCCAAGAUAUAUGCGUGAGUACUACCUCGAUGGAAUGUGAUUUCUCAAGUAUUUCCAAGUACGGUGACCACACCUUGAGAGUCAGGGCUGAAUUUGCAGAUGAGCAUUCGGACUGGGUCAACAUCACCUUCUGUCCUGUGGAUGACACCAUUAUUGGACCCCCUGGAGUGCAAGUAGAAGUACUUGCUGAUUCUUUACAUAUGCGUUUCUUAGCCCCCAAAAUUGAGAAUGAAUAUGAAACUUGGACUAUGAAGAAUGUGUAUAACUCAUGGGCUUAUAAUGUGCAGUAUUGGAAAAAUGGUUCUGAUGAAAAGUUUCAGAUUACUCCUCAGUAUGACUUUGAGGUCCUCAGAAACCUGGAGCCAUGGACAACUUAUUGUAUUCAAGUUCAAGGGUUUCUUCCUGAUAGGAACAAAACUGGGGAAUGGAGUGAGCCUGUCUGUGAGGAAACAAACAAUGACGAAACGGUCCCCUCCUGGAUGGUGGCCAUCAUCCUCAUGGCCUCGGUCUUUGUGGUCUGCCUGGCACUCCUCGGCUGCUUCACCUUGCUGUGGUACAUUUACAAGAAGACAAAGUAUGCCUUCUGCCCUGGGAAUUCUCUUCCACAGCACCUGAAGGAGUUUUUGGGCCAUCCUCAUCAUAACACGCUUCUGUUUUUGUCCUUUCCAUUCUCGGAUGAGAAUGAUGUUUUUGACAAGCUAAGUGUCAUUACAGAAGACUCUGAGAGUGGUUCUCCGCUCGCCACCCUCUCCCUGUGGAAGGAAGCCUUGACAGAGGCACCUGACAAAGAGCUUGAAUAGAAGACCUGGGAAUGAAGGCGCCACGGCUGGGAAUGCAGGUAAGUCAUAUUGUGGACAAAGGUAUCAGGUACAAAGUGCUUACUAUGUGCCAGACCUUGUGAUAAAUACAUAUCAUUUCUCACUUAGUCUUCGUGGUUGAACCUUCCGCGGGAACAUCUGAAACCACAUAACAAAAGCCUGAGACAACCGUGGGAGCUGUGCUCAGAGCUCAUCCCGGACGUGUGGCCUAUACCCCUUCAUGAUAGUUUGCUAAUAAGCAAACUCAUGCUCAGGGUGGAUUCCGAGUCUCGUGUUUUGGGAGGAUGUGGGCAACACAUUCACGCUGCCAAAGUUGCAGACUUUGCAGCCAGUGAUAUAGGAGCUAAAAAAGAAAAUACUGAAGCAGUUAAUAAGGGUAAAAGAGUUCUUGGUGGAAUUUCCUUUUAAUAAAAAAGCACCCCCCAAAGUAUUUCUUUUCUUAAAAAAAGCAGCCUGAAAAAUCGAGCUGCAAGCAUAGAUAAGCAAGCUGGAAGCUUAGGUGAAUGCGGCAGCCGUGCCAAUAGAAAAGGGCUACCUGGAAGCCAGAUACAUCCAAUGUGGAGGUUCCCUCCCCCUUCUCUUUGUUGCCAUGUGUGCAGGUGUCGCCCCGCUGGCCUGUGUAAUAAAAGAUUAGGGUGGGAUGGCCAGCCUCUGUUGGCUAUAAAUGGCACAGCUGCCCCAACCAAUCCACUAUGCCCUAAGUAAAUUAAACACUGCCUCUUUAAGCUCCUCUAUAAAACCAACCGUAUCUUGCCCCAAAUCCGGAAACCCACUUGGACCCCCUCCCUCUGCAUAAGGAAGCUCUCUAUUCUAUCUUUUGCCUAUUAAACUUCCGCUCUUCAACCCA